CUCCAGACCGAUUGGCCCUGGAAGGCAGGUCAGCAGAGAUCAUUCCCGAGGGGGCAGCAGAAAACGAACGGCCGGAUCUUCCUUUGUUCUCCUCUCUCUCAUCUCACCGUCCAUAUGCCCAUCCCUGCCCUCUCCCUGUCCAUACCUCUCUCUACCCAGUCUCACCACUCCAGACCGAUUGGCCCUGGAAGGCCGGUCAGCAGGGGGCAUACCCGUGGGGGCAGCCGUGAACGAACGGCCGGAUCUGUUUCGAUCAGCCGUGGCUGGCGUGCCGUUCGUUGAUGUGCUCUCCACCAUGCUGGACGCCUCUCUGCAUCUCACAAUCACCGAAUGGGAG